AUUCAUAGAUGGUAUGUAAUAUAACAAGUUUCACAUGAAUAUAUAAAUAAUUAGAUACAUAAUAUGAAGAAGAAGCUGUGUCAAAGAUGGAAGAAGAACCUUUGGUUGGGAAUUCAAUGAAGAUUGAACUGCAAAGCCAAAAUGAAGAUGCUGAAAAGAUCCUUGAAACAACUCCAAUUAUGACACCAUUACUGAAGCAGGGUUCAAGCUAUGAUCAAGAAAUUUUGCCUUUAGUUAGCAAGAAGAAACCACCAGUUUCUUCCUUCCAAUUGUUAAAGAGUAAUGCAACCUCCAAAGUUGCUUCUACACCAACCAAAUCAACAGCAGCUACUGUUUCUUCAAAGAGAGAUAACUGUAAUAUUGCUGCUACCCCAACUAGUAGCAGCAAGCAUGCUUCAUUACUAAGCUCUGCUGAUAAAAGAAGAUCUACUCCUUACAAGUCGGUCAAUUUUGCGCCGAUUAGAGAACUUAAUAGAUUGACUGCAUCAGUCAUGAAGAAAUUUGAAAGUGCAAGAGCUAGUGCUGGUUCCUCAAAGGCUUCAAAGGAUGCAUCAUUAACUCCUCUAAGAACACCAACUAUGGCUUAUAAGAAGGAGAUGCAGAUGCAUUCUGCAUUGACCCCAUUAACAGAAAAGAAAAGGAACAAAACUUCUCUUGAUUUAUCAAGCACAGGCAAAAAUACAGCCAGCUCUAAAUGGCGCUUGCUCUCAACAGAAAAUAAAAUGAGAUCCCCAAUGAUAUCCUCACCUUUCAGCUUGAGGACAGAAGAAAGGGCUGCAAGAAGGAAGAAGAAACUUGAAGAAAAGUUCAAUGCCAAUGAGGCACAAAAAGUGCAACUUCAUACAAAACUCAAGGAAAAAGCAGAGACAGAUAUCAGAAAACUUCGCCAAAGUUUUUGCUUCAAAGCAAGGCCACUACCUGAUUUUUACAAGGAAAGGAAAGAAUCAAACAAGGAGACACAGAAGGAUCCACAGAUACAAUCUGAAUCAAGAAAGGCUACUCCUCAGAGUCAGAGACCUUAUAAGAAUUUCCAGGAAAAGACUCAGCGCCGCACCUUUGCUCAUCAUCUGAGUACUACUCUUGAGAAUACAUCACCAAAUAUUCAGCAAGGAAACCUCAAGAAUAGGAAUCACAAACAAUGAUCAUGCUCCAUGAUGUAGCAGAUGAAAGAUCAGUUUAAACUUGUAAAUGUAGCUUGAAAGAAAUGCACCACAUUAGGCACCAUUUGUUCUCCGUUGUAUUCUUGGUAUAUAACACUAGUAACCAACUCUCACUGUUGUUCUUCCUUUUGUUUUUUGUAUCCUCAAUAUAUUCAAUUGAGCUAUUCUUACAAUCUUUUUUUCGUUUUCUUUAUAAUUUGGAAAGAAUAAUAAAGUAAAAAUAUCUAAUGAAUCACACUGUAUACUUUAGAACUUA